CUCACCCGUCAAGAAAACAUUCCAAGAUGGCGGGCCUCACAUUGAAAAAAGACGUCAAUAUGAAAACACGGAAUACACAUUCGUCUGCUGGGCCACAAAGAUCGACCAUGACUGCAUGAAAUGAAUGGCCAUAGGAUGAUAGCUAUAAACUGUGAAUGAUGUGACAAUAACUGUAGACCAGUUUGUAGAUGUAGGAGGCUGAUCUCAAGGGUGGAGCUCUGAAGGUGACCAUGGUUACCCACGCCAAACUCCAGUAUUAUCGCCACAACUAUGGCCUGGUGUGUAUCACUGGGUCGCUGGGGUGUCGCUGGCACCGCUACAAACAAUCCCUGCGUGAUAACAGAAAGAUGGACUUCUGUGUGUUUGGGAUCAUGUCGUUAACGUUUCUCUUCCUCACCUUUCUCCUGUAUGUCAUUCUGAUAUCAAGAAACAACUUUGACGAUUUUAAUUGGUUCAUGUAUAAGAACCUCAACAAUUGGGCUCCAUAUUUUAUUGUGCUGCUGUCUGUGAUCUGUAUACUUUUUACAUACAUUACUAUACUAAUGCUCCUUUCCCUCUGUCACAUCAUACAUGGUCACCAGCUGUAUGUACAUCCUGUACAUGUUAUAUUUAUCUUCUUCUGUCUGGCCUGCUGUAUCGCUGGAGCUGUCAGCUACUCCGAGCUAUGGGCUACUGAGUGGUUUGCCAUCUGGCUGUCUCUUAAGGUCAUUGGUCCAUUCCUGCAAAUUGGCAGUGUAAUAUUAAUGACAUCAAUAUCGUAUGUCAUUAUAGGACAGUGGUUUACCCUGACCAAGUGGUACUUGCAGAUGUUUUGGUUGUGUGUAUAUUUAGCUGUGAUGGUUGGACUGUAUAUAUCUCCCGUGUUUAUUGACUCGCCCUGUGUGGUGGCGACCACUAAACUACCACCCAAGCCAUUUAUCAUAGGUCACAGAGGAGCAUCUGGAAUUGCUCCAGAGAAUACUAUGAUCUCAUUUGAGAUUGCUGAUCAAUAUGGAGUUUUAGGAUAUGAAGCUGAUGUGAGAAUCAGUUUUGACGGUGUACCAUUUUUACUCCAUGACUCAACUUUUGCCAGAACUACAAAUAUUGCCAAUGUCUUUCCCGAUUUAAUAAAAACAGAUUGUUCCAUGUUCAACAUAUCUCAGAUACAGCAGUUAGAUGCUGGGUCUUGGUUUGUAGAGACUGACCCGAUGGUGACCAUGAGCAGUGUGUCAUCAAAGAACAAGGUGCUUUACAAACAGCAGAAAAUUCCUACACUUCUUGAAUUUCUCAAGUUUGCCAACAAAACAGGCAAGGUUGUCGUGUUUGAUUUUCUUUUGCCUUCAAAAUCACAUCCAUUCUACUCAGACAUGGGACCUUUCCACAACGCCAUACACGAGUCCGGCAUUGAUCCCAAGACGGUAUGGUGGUUGAUGAGUGUGGAAGACAAACUCAGCGAAGGCUACACGCCAGUUGUCAGGGAAUACUCACCUCCAGAUGUUCUCCGCCAGAAGCAUAUCUACAACACUAACAUAGAAUUCAGUAGUAUCUCUAUUGAUCAAAUAAGGGAGUACCGGGCCAAUAACAUCACUACCAAUAUACACACCGUCAACAAAGGCUGGUUUCUGUCUCUGUUCUGGUGUGUGGGCACAACCAGCAUCAGUACUAAUAACUGUCACACCCUCUCUCAGAUGGAACGGCCAGUGUGGACUCUGCUGCCGAGGAACUACCUGAUUCUGUGGGUGACGGUCGAUGUGCUGUCUGCCAUACUUGUUAUAGUGAUAUUUAUUGUACAGAGGAUCCAGAGACAGGGCACCAAGUACAGUCCAGAGUCUCAGUCUCUUAACUGGGAGGCACAGAGCCAGCAAGUUCAGCAAAACGCCAGGAGUCACCAGCGUGCUGAUAGCUACAGACGUAACAGACGGGCAAUGAAGGAGAAACUACUGAUGAGGGAUGUAGCCUCAGAGCUUUUUGACGUAGAACCAGAGGUGGAUGAUCUUGGCAUAGAGAGUAACUACACAGUACAAUCUGCCGACGGCCGAGUCAUGGCUGCAACAUUCCAUCAAGAGCGAAACGGGUAUCAGACAAGCUAUCAGGACCCCAGUCGUGUACAGUCGGACAGUAUAGUGAACCUUUAACUCUCCGAGUGCUUUAAGUGUGAACACUAAAUGAGGUGGGACAUUGGGUUGGUGGGUCACUUCACGUGUGUGCACCUGACAGGUGGGACACUGGGUUGCAAAUUGGUUGUGUACCUGACAUGCUGGACAUUAUGUUGGUGGGGCAUGUUUACAGGGAAGACACAGACUAGGGAGUGUCGUGUGCUUGGGGGACUACAAACUUACUCAAAACUUUAACAAAUUUUAUGUGAUACUAAAUAGUACUAUUAGUUAAGUGUUUGCGAGUGGAUGAAUGUUGAUUGUUAACGUUUAAAGUUAUCAUAUUAUCACACCACGACUGUUAUGUACGUACUUAAUACACCCUUGUAAUAUGUGUAUCAUCUCAUAUCACUUAUUGUGUGGUCAGAAUUACGAUAAUAGACCUUACCGGUAGGUGAUGUUCUUUAAGAUGACUUUGUGAUGCGCCCAUUGAAGAUAUUAGAAAUGGUUUUAAAUGGGGUUGUAGACUUGACAAUGGUCAAGAGGAAAGUGCUUUUCGUGAAUACUGUGUAUUCGUAUAUGACAAUGUGAUAUAACAGGAAGCUUGAAUUUCAAACUUCUAAUUCUUAUUGAGAUUUACAAAGCUUGUCCUCAAAUUUUUAUUUAUCUUGGUAAGACCUUGAUGAACUGAAAUUUCAAGACGUGUUUCAUUUAUCUCAGGAAAUGGAAACUCCUUUAAGAUCCUAUAUGAACCUGUACAAUAUACCAUAAAUAUUUAUUGCGAUAAUUUACAUAGAUAAGUUAUUGCUGUGAUUUGAAGGGGAAAAAAAUCAUUUGAUGAUUUCAGUAGGGAGAACAUGAACUGUUCUGUGAGAUAUCCAAAGAAUGUUAUGAUAAAUACAGAUAUAAAAAAAAUCCACACAUAAGGAGAAAAUGAAUUAUUCUGUGUGAUAUCCAAAGACUUAUAUAAUAUAAAAAAAAUCCAUGCAUACACGUAUAUAUAUAUACAUGUGAUGGACCGAUUGUAUGUUGGCUAGAUCUGUAUAAUAUUACACAUUCUGAAUUGUUUCUUUUUCAAAGGGUUGCCAAAUAUAGAUGGAGGAUUUGAGAGGUUAUAGUUUGGCUUUUGUGAUCUCUUACAUAUCUCGAUGUUAUACUUUAUGUAUCAUGUAGAUCUGUGGUGUAUAUUGCAUUUUGAAAAUAAACUUAUUUGAAUUAUAUUUGAAAUAAACUUUUUUGAACAAUGU